AUGUUAUACAUUCCGGUUCGUCUAGGAGAGCUGGAAAUGAAAGCAGUAGUGGACACUGCUGCCGAAGUGUCGAUCAUCUCUGAUAAGGUUUAUUCCAUUUUGAAACCUCAACCUCCGACCGUUGAAAAUAUCAUCCUCCAAACAGCGGACAGAAAUUUGAAAAUGAAAGCUAUGGUAGUGGGACGAAUCCCCAUUAGCCUUGGAUCAGUUCAGUUUGAGGAAAGAUUACAUGUAGCCCCCAUCGGAGACGACAUGCUUCUCGGUUUAGAUCUUAUCACCAUGUAUGGUAUGGACAUUUCGGUGCGGGACUCUAAACUGACCAUUGGACUACAUGAGAUCCCAUUGCACUUUGGGACAAAACCCCAGAAUGCGACUCCUCAUCACGUCAAACGCGUCACAGUGUACAGUGCAGCAGUCAUCCCCCCGAACUGUGUCAAGCGGGUGAACUGCAAUGUAGAAGGGGACAUGGAAAGUACCUUCAUGUUCCAACCAACUCACCCUUCUCCUAUAUGGUCACCGCGGAUCGUUUUUGACCGGGGUAAGGAUCUUUCCACAUAUGUAGUUAACCUGACAGAUUCCUACCACCGGUUGCCAGCUGGUUUGCCCUUCGGAACGGCAGAAGAAGUGACCCUCGUGGAACCUAAUAUUGUAGAUGGACAGAACUUUGAAGAAACAGAUAUUUCCGUAAAACAAACUUCGGUUAUGGACUCGCCUAGUAUCGUCCCAUCUCAUUUGACUGACCUGAGAGACAGGUCGAGUGAAUCUCUCUCUGCAAGGCAGAUUUUUUAUUUAGAUAAUCUUUUAUCAGAAUAUCAGAACGUCUUUGCUAGGGAUGAUUUCGAUUUGGGAAAUUUCAGAGCAGUUACCCACAAGAUAGACACUGGAACGGCAAAUCCCAUCAAACAGAAAAUGAGGCGGACACCUAUCAAUUUCGCCCAAGAGGAGAAGGCGCAUCUAGACAAGAUGCUGAAGGCAGGAGUCAUCAAGCCAUCAAUUUCUGAAUGGGCGUCACCCCCAGUUCUGAUCAGGAAGCGUGACGGAUCAGUGCGUUGGUGCAUAGACUAUCGCGCCUUGAAUAGUGUGACUAGGAAGGAUGUAUAUCCAUUGCCUAGAAUUGAGGAAUGCUUGGACACAUUAGCCGGAAACAUAUCGUUUUCGAAAUUGGAUGCGAGCGAUGCCUAUUGGCAGAUACACGUCGAUCAACCUGAUCAGGAAAAGACAGCCUUUAUUACAAGAUAUGGGUUGUACGAAUUCGAGCGAAUGGGAUUCGGACUAUGUAAUGCCCCCGCAACGUUUUCCAGGGCAAUGAAUCUCAUUUUGUGCGGGCUCACUUGGGAGAUCGCUCUCGCAUUCUUAGACGACAUCCUGGUCCUUGGAAAGAGUUUUGAAGAACACUUAAAAAAUCUUUGGAUAGUGCUGAACCGAUUUCAACAGUUUGAACUGAAAUUGAAGCCAAAAAAGUGUGCUUUGCUCCAAACAAAGGUCGAGUUUCUCGGAAGAGAAGUUGAUAACACUGGAAUUCAUCUAAGAGCGGAACAUGUCCAGGCCGUUCAAUCAUGGCCGGUGCCAAAGAAUACCCGGGAAGUUGAGCGUUUUUUGGGACUCGUAAACUACCACAGGGUUUUCUUGAAAAACUACGCAAAGGUAGCUGCCCCUUUAUACGCACUAACAGGAAAACAACCAUUCAAGUGGGAGGAAGCGCACCAAUGUGCUUUCGAAUCAAUCAAGCACAUGCUUAUUACAGCUCCGGUACUUACUCUUCCUGACUCCACUGAUGGAUUUGUGCUAGACACGGAUGCCUCCGAUAUUGCCCUUGGAGCAGAACUUCUACAAAUCCAAAAUGGUGAGGAAAAAGUGAUAUCGUAUGGAAGUUGUGUGCUCGCCAAGGAACAACGAAGAUACUGUGUGACAAGAAAAGAGUUACUAGCGGUUGUAUUGUUUACACGAUUCUAUCGCCACUAUUUACUAGGAAAACCAUUUCUUGUCCGAACGGACCAUAGCAGCUUACGAUGGCUAUUGAACUUCAAGAGACCACAGCCUGGUCAGAUUGCUCGCUGGAUCGAAGAAUUAAGCCAAUACGACUUUCACAUAGAGCAUCGAAAAGGGAACAAACAUGUUAAUGCAGAUGCGUUAUCCAGAAUCCCUCAACCACCCUCCUCCUGUAGCUGUUAUCAACUAGGCAGUAAGCUGAAAGACCUGCCGUGUGGUGGGUGUCAUCAUUGUGAGCGUGUGCACAAGCGGUGGGCAUACUUCGUUGAGGAAGUGGACGACGCAGUGCCGUUAAGCAAACGCUCCCCAGUCUGCAAAGUAAGUAUGACGGUACCAGGUACAAGUGAUUCUCCGCCCAGCAUUUCUCCCCAGGUUGAGGAAAUCGGUGAGCUACGAGAAGUUACAAUUUUACGGUGUAGCAUUCCCACCGUGAAUGCCAUUUCCCUUUCAGACAUCAGCGAUGAAAACUUCAGGGAAGCGCAAGAGAAAGAGACCUAUUUCGGACCCAUACGAGCCUGGCUGGAGUCUCAAACGGUUCCGUCCCAAGCUGAAAUCAUGCUUUGGGGUGCAGAGCAAAAGUUCUUAUGGAUCAAUCGAGAUCUUCUCAUUCUUAAAGAUGGUCUACUGUAUUGGAAGAAGGAUGAACAGCUGUUCGUUGUUGUGCCCCGUGCGCUAAGAGAACAGAUUAUGCAAGUUAACCAUGAUCUCCCUUCUUCAGCACAUCCUGGUUGUGAUCGAACCUUUGCGAAGCUUACAAGAGUUGGAAAUGAUAAGUGA